GAAUCCAAAAGAAUCCAGCUGAGCCGCUGCUCGGUGAACUUGAACUUGGAGCUCCUUUGUGUUUUAUCAGUUGACGCUCACGCCUCCUCUGACAGACUUUAUCUCUGGCUGACAGCGCUGUGAAGAAGAUGCGCCUCCGUUCGCUUCUCCUGCCGGCUCUAACUCUGCUCUUUCUCUCAGAGGCUGCUGUGUUAGCAUGGGGUCAGGGCAGCAGCAGCAGCAGUCCCGGCGUGGUGGUGGAGGCCAAGAACCUCACCCUGCCUGCAGGCUCUGAGGCCGUCCUGCCGUGCCACAGCCGGCGCAUGGUGUGGAUCCGGGACAGCCUGAAGGACCGUCAGAGGGUGGUGCACUGGGACGUGUUCCGCAGCAGCCCCGAGUACCCUAUGAGUGCUCGGAGUGAACGAGUGCUGGACAUGUCCCCUGGAACGCGCCAGAGGGUCUACAACAGCUUUAACAAGGGCCGCGUUUCCAUCCCGGGCUCCGCCUUCCAUGACGGCAACUUCUCCCUCAUCAUCAAAAAUGUGGACGCAAGUGACAAAGGAGUUUAUACCUGUAAUCUGCACCAUCAUUACUGCCAGAUUCAACAGUCUGUUCAAAUGCAGCUCAAUGUCACAAGGAACGCUCGGAAGGAGAAACGCUCCUGGGAUGGAGAGAAGGAUGUGUUUGUGGUGCUGCUGGGCAGCACGGUGGUGUUGCCGUGUGUGAGCAGGCGGCCCUUGUGGCGAGAGGGUCUCCAGGAGGACCAGCAGCAGGUGGCCCACUGGGACUUCCAGCCGCCCGGGGUGCGUCCCGAUCGGGCCGAUCGCCUGGUGGACCUGUACGCCUCCGGGGAGCGGCGCGACUACGGGCCGCUGUUCGCCCAGAGCAAGAUGAGGGUGGCCGAGGACGCUUUCACACUAGGAGACUUCUCUCUGAGCAUCUCUGACCUGAAGCCCGCAGACAGAGGCCUGUACUCCUGCCACCUGCACCACCACUACUGCGGUCUGCAUGAGAGACGGAUCUUCAGACUCACUGUGGGACCGCCACCUCCGCCCGCCCCGACGACAGCAACCAGGAUUAUUCCGAACGAGGAGCCACAACUGAGGACCAAUGAGGUGGAGACUCCUCGCGUGGUGACCGUCAUCCUCCCAGAGCAUCGAGGUUUUUUUGUGCAUUACCUGGGAUACUUCCUGGCAACGCUGUUACUGCUGGCGUUCAUCGUUGUUGCUGUCAUUGUGCUGACACGACGCCGAAAAAAGAGAGUGUUAGAGUAUGAGCCUCGUGGAUCUUUUCGAGCAAAUGAGAUUGGUGGAGGUGAGAUGUCAUUAGACUGCACAGAGUUAAGGGCCUGUAACCAAGAACCACUAAACUCAGACUACAAAAACAAUCUACUGAAGGAGAGAGAUCUGACCAAAGACUGCAACAAGGACUUCGAUGGGAAGCUGUGGAACUGAAUGUGAUAUGUAUGAGAUGCUGCUGGCAGGUCCAGGGCAGAGGCCUGAGGAGCAGGACACAGAGGAGAGGAGGAGUUUGUUUGUUGUUUGAUCCAGGAGGGGACAAGAGGAACGCUCCGCUCUAACUCCAACAUACGCUUUUUUACUAGAAGUAUUAAUAUUAUAGUUUUAUAUUUUGUUUUCACCAGCUUUUAAACACAGUAUUUGCCCCUUACUCUUAUCUACAUCCUUUCAGUCGUUUAUGUUAAAUAUUGGGCAUUUUAAUCGUCUUUUCUAAAAAUAAAUGUUUGUUACUGGGAUGUAUGCAGAUUGUUGAAGUGUGUGUUGCUGUGCAUGCUCAAAGAGCUGCCAGCUCAUAUUCACUGUUCAUAUUUGACUAUUUUCCACUUUGCACAGAUUCUGCUGUAUUUUGAUUUGUGAUGGGACCUUCAACAAGAUUGAAUUGAAGAUGGAAAUAAUACCUACAUUUUCCUCCAAGUAUUUCCCUCUAACAUUUUAUAUAUAUGGCAAACCUCUUAAAUCUGCUCAUUGACAAUCAACCCAGUAAGAUGUAAACGUUUUUGAAUACUAAUGGGCUGUGCAGUGUCAAACAUGUACAAUUUAUACUGGUUUAUAAAACACUGUAUCUGCUGGUUAAUUCUACAGGUUAAUAUGAAAGUUUCCCUCUAGGUUUUACUGUAGGAAAAUGUGUGUCUACUGCCUCAACAAUACUGAGUCACAAACACCUGUUUUACUUUACUUUUUGCCACUAUCUGUUUCUUCUUCAUUUGCACACAAUAUAAUGUUGGUCUCUGCUAAUAAAAGAAUGACUUCGUUAACAGCAGUGGCCACAGAUUUAUGAAUUCCUAUAAAUCACUGUUGUUUUCUUAUACUCACAUACUGUAUGGUUUAAUAGAAGAAACUAACUAUUGUCAACCUGGAGGAGCCACAGCUAACAGUAAUAAAACACAGCUAUGUCACAAUAAUUAUUACUCUCAUUAAUCAUUUAAAAAGACAAUGGUUUAUUAAAAGAACUUUAUUCAUCUACAAAUUAA